AUGAUGGAAAUCGACAUACCAGGGUUCCGAAAAUGUCUGAUUAUGUCGUUUUUAUGUGACCACUGUGGUUACAAGUCUAACGAAGUAAAACCCACUGCACAAUACGGCGACAAAGGUGCCAAGUGGACGUUAAAUGUAACAUGUAUAGAAGACUUAUCAAGAGAUAUUUUAAAAAGUGAUUCCGCGUCUAUCAGCCUACCCUCGCUGGAACUCGAUCUUGAACCUGGAACACUUGGCGGUGUUUUUACGACCAUCGAAGGGCUUUUAGUCAGAAUCCACGAUGAAAUUAUUGAUAAGUUUAAAUUAAUUUUAGGAGAUAGUAAAGACGAAAAAAACAAACAAAUUCUAUUGUUCGUUUUGCAACAGUUGAAAGGGCACUUAGAAGGGACUAGUUUGCCUUUCACGCUCAUACUGGACGACUGUGCAGAUUUAUCGCACAUUGGUUCUAUAGGAGACGAACUUUUAUUCUUUUCCAACCCCGGAAAGCCAAAUGAACAAAAAACAAAAAAAGAUGCGAACCUUACAAAGGAAUUUUAUGAGCGAAAUGAAGACCAAAACAUUUUUUUAGGAAUUGCAGACAUGAAGGUUGAGGAUUAUUAG